CAGCUGUUUGCCAUGGAACAGCGGUAGCGGAGCCUUCGAGGGCAAGAACACCGAACCGCGUCCGUUCCAAACCCACCCACCGGACGCAUAAAGCAAAACACACCGCACCGAACGCCAACGGCACGGCACGGAAGCUUCCGACCUCCGAUCCACCACCAACACGGCACGAUCACCAGGAGGAGGAGGCCGCAGCUUCGUCGCCGUCGCCGUCGCGACGCAGCCGUAGGCACGGGCGCGCGCCUGCGAAGAGAGGGGGAGAUGAGACAGCCGCACGGCGCAUGCGGCAGCAGAUCCAGCCCGGCCGCCGCUUUCUUCCUAGCCGCCGCCACGAUCGGCGCGCAGUUCGUGACAGGGCUAGCUGAUGAUAAGAAAGCUGAAGUUCAGUCAAAAGGUCAUACUGGCCAAACAGUUCUGUUAGUCCUUCUAGGAAUUGGGGCAGCCAUUCUGGUGUCAUUCUUCCUUUUCAAGUAUUGGCAGAAGAAGAAAAGAGAGGAACAGCAUGCACGGCUGCUGAAGCUAUUUGAAGAGGAUGAUGACAUUGAGGUCGAGCUUGGUCUUAGAGAUUGAUAAUCUUCUUUGUACAGCAAGAGUAUCUUGGCUGACAAGGUUUUGCUGGCAGACCCUGCAUCCUUUUCAUGUUAUAAUGUAAAGAAUUUGUGGUAUUUAAACUCAGACAGACCUCCCGAGGAAGGUCUACUGUAACUUAGUGUUAUAUGGUGAAAAUUUGGCAUCCACGAAUCGUUUUGAGGAAGUGCCAAUGUUUUGGCUAGCAUUCUUUUUUACAAAAAAAAAAUCUGAAUAUAUAAACUCUGCAAAACUCAAAAGGUACCUAGCCAAUGAUUCUUCCACUUUGCCA